CAGUUUGAGAUGUCACACUUCCUCUCUGCGAUGUAGUCAGCUAGCACCACUCUGUGUGUUAGCCAGCAAUAUUCAUACCUUCGGCCUCUUUAUGAGCACAAGCACAUAAAAAAUAUCCACCAUGGCUUCUCGAGCAGGUCCGAGAGCAGCGGGCACAGACGGCAGUGACUUUCAGCAUCGGGAGCGGGUCGCCUCACACUACCAGAUGAGUGUUGCCUUGAAGUCUGAAAUUCGUAAACUCAACAUCGUCCAUCUUCUGAUCUGGGUCCUGAUGGCAGCUCAGGUAACAGUGAGCCAGCUGAGCCUGGUGUCCCACAAGAUGGUGGCCUCACCUUACCAGUGGGAGUACCCUUACCUCCUGAGCAUAAUUCCCACAGUCUUCGGCUUCUUGGCGUUGCCUCGCAACAACAUCAGCUACCUGGUAAUCUCCAUGAUCAGCGCCGGACUCUUCUGCGUGGCCCCACUGAUCUACGGCGGCAUGGAGAUGUUCCCUGUGGCACAGCAGCUGUAUCGCCACGGCAAAGCAUACCGCUUUAUCUUCGGCUUCUCGGCCGUAUCGGUUAUGUACCUGGUGAUCGUCAUUGCUGUGCAGGUGCACGGCUGGCAGAUCUACUACAGCAAGAAGCUGCUGGACCAGUGGUUCACCACCACCCAGGAGAAGAAGAAGAAAUGAGUUCACAGAAAGCAUGCCUAGCGCUGAGAUCUUCUGUUAGUUUGUAGGCCCGUGUGGGCAAAGAGGAUCUUAACGCUGUGCCACUUUUUGGAAACCAGUAACUGAACUGGUGGAUUGAGCCAGCCAAAACCAAGAGAAGAGACUCCAAAAAGUAAUGUUGUCCUUCAUGAAUUUUUUUCUAUAUUUAUAUUUGACAAUUGUUCAAUUGCUUGCUGAAAAUUAGUCCUUGGACAGCCUGUGAUUGCUGCCAUUACUCUGUACUGUACAUUAAUCUGUCUGGCAUUUCAUCAUUCACAAUAAUAAACUGUAAAUGUUU